AUGCCUCUCUGGAAGCGCCGUAAUACUGCGAUGGAACCGUAUGAGGUUCACCACAUCGCCCCCACCCAGCCCUCCACUUCCGGGGCUACCGCUACGCAGCAAGUUGUGACAUCCGACCAACCGGGCGCUUCCCAAAAUUCGAAGCUCGACUUUUCCUUCCUCCUCUGCACGCGGCAAUCACUCUUCUCGGUCCAGGUGAACACGAAUGUGAGUCAGCAGUUGGCACUGCCGCGUCUUCCCGGCGAGAUUGACUACAAUAAUCUGCGCGAGCUCGUCCGCCGGAAUGCCGAAAUUGAGAGGCAACUUCUGAAAGAUCAGGAAGCCGAAAAGAAAACGCUAAAGAUUUUGCUGCUCGGCGGGCCGGCGAGUGGGAAGAGUACGAUUUUCAAGCAGAUGAGAAUUCUGCAUCUGAAUGGCUUCUCCGAGUUGGACUAUGUCAACUUCCGCUAUCUCGUCUACAGUAAUGUGGUGGAGGCAACUCAGCAACUUCUUGCGGGUGCUCGGAAGUUGGAUUUGCACUUUGAAGACAAUGUCAUUCGCGACAUCGUCUACUUCGAAGACCAAUACAACCAUAUCCCGAGUUCUGAAAUCGAAGUGGACAUGGAGAUGGCGAUGGCCAUUCAUCGCAUCUACCGCUCACCGUGCAUCCGCGACGUCAUCAGCCGACGCAGCGAGAUCGAGUUGCUCGACUCGGCCACAUAUUUUCUCGACGAGAUCUUCCGGAUCUGUGAGCCAGACUAUAUGCCCAGUCAGAUGGACGUCAUACGUUCUCGAAUCCCUACCACUGGAAUUAACGAAAUCGAAUUUCCCUAUAAGGACGUUGUUUUGAGAAUGGUCGACGUCGGCGGGCAAAGAUCUGAACAACGAAAAUGGAUCCACUGCUUCGACAACGUCUCCGGCGUGCUAUUCGUAGCCGAAAUAUCCGGAUACAACCAGAAACUGGAUGAUGGCGAGAUACUAGUGAAUCGGCUGAAGUACAGCCUGCACCUCUUCAAACGUGUCGUCAACAACCAGGUGUUCGGCAAAAAGACGGCCAUGAUUCUGUUCCUCAACAAAAUUGACGUCUUCCGCGAGAAGAUACAGCAGACACCAAUCAACGUCUGCUUCAAGGACUAUAAAGGCCCACCAGCGUUUGAGGCCAGCUCGACGUACAUCAAAGAUCGAUUCGAGCGCUACGUGACUGGGGAACGUCGAAUUUACGCUCACUUUACGAACGCGACCGACACCCGGAAUAUGGACCGCGUCUUCGGCGCCUGUAUCGACGUCGUGCUGAAGUUGAACAUGGAAAAGAUUGGUUUCAUG